ACAACCGUUUCCGUUUGUGCUAACCGCUAAGCUAGCUACGUUAGCUCUACCUUAUAUAGUGAAGUGCUACCUGUGGUGACUAGAUUGCCAAGAAUCUGGGGAAUAUUACCUCAAAGGUGUGUGUGUUUAGUUGGCCCAAUCAGACUGCAAACAUUUGUAAAGUGGUAGCGAUAGACGGCUCUCACUCAGAGGAACAUUUUGGGCACAGAAACCACGGUGGAUCCAUGUAGCUAGCGGCAGCUAACGUUAACGUUACUCCCGCUUUCAGUUUCAGUGUUGCUACUCCAGCUGUUGGUGUUAACGGUUCUGUCACAAAAACUGCAGCUGCCAACCAUACUGACUGUUCAUUUGCCUGCCCAAACCUCGGUGGCCAAGGUCAAGUGGCUACAUCCACGGCCAGUGUGGAAAUACACCCCUUUAAAUGGAAUGCAAGUUCAGCUCUAGAGGAUAUCUUAUUUGUUUCCAGGAAAACACUUUGAACGCUUUGUAGCCUAAACUGGUGCAUCAAUGAACGAGGAACCACUUGAGACCCCGGUCCCUGGCAGUGAGCCUGUGGAAAAGGAUGUGGGACAAAGCACAGAAGACAGGAGAGAAGAGAAGAACAGCAGGGAAGCAGAAAACACCUCUGAGGCACCACCAGCACAGGAGCCUGUGGCACCUGUAGAAAGUCUCGAAACACAGGAAGACCUCGGCUCAGAUCCUGUAAAGGAAACUCCAGAAGAAGCAAAGGAGGAGGAGGAGAAGGAAACUCCAGGAGAAGCAAAGGAGGAGGAGAAGGAUGCUGCAGGAGAAGCAAAGGAGGAAGCUAAGGAAGAUCCAGGAGAGGCAAAGGAAUCUCCAGGAGAAGCAAAGGAGGAUGCAAAGGAAACUUCAGCAGAAGUAAAGGAGGAGGCUAAGGCCACUGGUGGUGAACCUCCUGUUGACUGGUUUGAGCCGCUGGAGGAGGAUGAUGAUGAUGUCACUAGCACUGGUAGGAAUGAUGGAGAGGAAGAAAGCCUGGCAGGAGAAAGUGAAAGGAGUGAGAGCGUGGCUGGCAGCGAGCGGAAAAAGAUUUACCAGCUUCAGUUUCCCCGCCGUAAGCGAACACAUCCUGAUGAAGGAUGGGAUGACUGGCCAGUACUGGGAGAGGGCUGGAAACGCAAAGAAGUUGUUCGGCGCUCAGGUUCAAGCAUAGGACAGAAGGAUGUAUAUUACAUGAGUCCCCAGGGUGAUCGAUUGAGAAGCCGAGUAGAACUGGCUGGGGUGCUGGAGGGAGUACUUGACUUGUCAAACUUUGAAUACAAGUCAGGAAAAUUCUACGAAGGCGAAGCGCCACCAGUUAGAGUCCGACACAGAGCAAAGAAAAAGGUCCGGGAGCGUUCUUCCUCAGAGUCCAGUUGGAUGGAGAGAGGAGAGGGGGCCGACACUCCAGACUCCCACCACCGGCUCACCCCCAAUCAGGGGCCCAAAAAUCUCCAAUACAACCAGUCAAGUUUCUCCUCGCACAGUAAACUAGGAACUCAGAAUGCAUUUUCUCGCAGAGAGGAUCCAUCAACUGAAGAUAGAAUUAAACUUCCCGCUCCCUCAUCAUCCAGACUGUUAAUGCUCCCUUCCAUAAAUGGAGAAGUUAGGACAGAGGAAAACACACUGGUCUGUGCCAGAUGUGGUGUUUCCUUCACAGGCACAUGGUACGACAAACAAAGAAAGAAGCCUUUCUGUCCCAACUGUUGGGUGGCCUCAAAGUCAAAAGAGCAUCCGAUGGUUCGUUUCAGAAAGUGGAUUCCUUGUGGACAGUGUGUGGGAUGCAACAACACAAUGAACUGUGGGCAGUGUGCAAACUGUAAGCAUGGACUGCAGAGCCCAGAGUCCCGGAAACGCAUUUGCCGAAAACGCAAAUGUAUAUGUCCCAUUCGCAAGGGACCUGGAAGUGGAGGCUUCCUGCCGCAGAGGCCUUAUGACAUUCCUGAAACAUUUGAUGACAGCAUGAGUUUCCAGAGUGAAAUUACAGACUCGCAGCACCCAAGUCUCAAAAGCAGCGACACAGAGAACUUCUCAGUCAACGUGGACCUUGAUGACGAAGAUGACAUGUCAACGGACGAUGAUGACGAUUGGCAUAAGAAGCGGAAGCGGCGAUCCUGUGGAGAGUGUAAAGCCUGUCUCUGCAGGAAAGACUGCGGCACAUGUGAUUUCUGCAUAGACAAACCCAAGUUCGGAGGCAGCAACAAGAAGAGGCAGAAGUGUCGACUUCGUCAGUGUCAGAGACAGGCAAUGAGACACUUGCUGCCUUUCCAGAUGGGACAAGGUGACUAUGGGCCUGAUAGCUCGUUGCUGCCGGGUAGGCCUAGACCUCACUACACGUACAGUCGAAAGUCAGGUUUAAAGAGAAACAAAGGACAACAAUCUGGCUUUGACUUCUCCGACAAUGAAGAUGAUGACAGUAACUUACCAAUGCUGAACUGGCCCCCUGAGCCUGCCAGCAGUAGCAAACACACCUAUGAACUGAAUGUGAGAAACCCGUCAACUAUGCAGUUGAAUCAUUUUGAUUUUGGCCAGCAGAAUGGACUGCCUGAAAGAAAUCCGCACACCAACCACAACAACUCUGAAAUGGACCAGCUAAACAGAUGGGAUGCAGAGAAAUCACUCUCAGGCAGAGAUGCUCAGAGGCAUGUUGAAGAAGAUGACGAGGAAGACGAAGAAGAAGAAGUAGAAGAUGAGGAAGAAGAAGAGUUGCCCAUGAUCACACAGAUCUUCAGUUUGGCUGAUAACCCAUCUGGGAGUGGUGCGGACAUUGAAGACCAGCUCAUGAAACUGCUACACUCUUUGCGCUCCUCUGUAAUGCCAAUCCUAUGGUAUGCCAUCAUGGUGGAGGGCCCACAGCUACAGCUCAUCCAGUGCUCUAAACAGUCCAGCCUGACCGACACCAUGGUGCUGAUCGACCCAGGCUUCUGCUAUCAGGUCACCGUCCAAAAGCAGCCGCUGCUCCCCACCCACCCGCUGUACGACAAGUACCCAGCACGCUUAACCUCUGUGUCUGAAGUGGUCAGUUUGCUUUUGGGCCUGGAGAAGUACGUUGUGUGCCAGGGACUGCCCCCCAAAGAGCCAUUAUCGAGUAAAGACCCAAUCAUACUGGAGCGGGCGUCGACAUGUGAUUUCUUGGUUAAGAGGAAGGUGAGCAUCUGUUCUAACUGCAGCGCACUGCAAGGACUUUAACUUGAGCAGAAGCAGAAGAUCUGUGACCACAGUGGAGAGACCACCUGUUCUCUGGUGCAACUUUGUGCUACUUUCUUCUUUAUGUUUCUGUUCUUCUUUUGGUGAUAAUAUAAAUGACAGUUUUACAGAUUUACCUCCAGACUGUGAUGAUACGAUUUGAUUAUUUGAAGAAUCACCAAAGGCAUUCCAGGAGCUGUGACAUUAUACUCCAGGCGUUUCUUCUCAGAUGUCUUCUGUUAUGUUUGUUUAGGGCUUCUCUUCAUGACUGUUAUGUCAGAUACUGGGCGUGUGUGUGAUGGAUAGAGCUGAAAUCAUGAGCCCACUGUGUGGUUAGUGUUCUGUUGGUCGAUUCACACUCUUACUUGAGGAAUCUAUAACCCUCCCCCUCUCACCACUUUUAAGUGAUUGUGUAACCCAAAUUUAGUCUGUCUCGGCCCAAAAAUGAAGCUGAAUUUAUUAGCAUGUAACCCUCUUGUAUUGUCACCAGCAACAUUGGACACUGUCAACACUGUUGCCAUGUGUGCCAAUGGAGUUAACCAGCAGCCUGAAGUGUUUUGGACUAAGUUAUGUUUGCAUCGUCUCUACCUCUUUCAUUUUAUAGCAAAGUGUACAUUUAUGUGGACUUUUGCUUUUUGUAAUUGAAUCUCAGUGGAUGUACAAGAUAAAAACACCAAAAGGUGGAAACCAAGUCUCUACAAAUUGACCACAAUAAUGCAGAUAUAAAACACAAUGAGUGACUAUUCACCUCAUUUAUUACAAUGCACAAAAUCAUUAGAGGGGACCACAAUUCAUUUUAAAACUCCCACAAUAAAUUUUCCUCAUUCAUCAUCAUUUUUGGGCUGCAGCAGAUGCCUUUCCACUCAAUACACAUCAGCUGGUUUUGAUUGGCAGAUUCAACAGCUGACAAAUGGUAAAAUUUAACAGUACUGAGAUCGGAGUACAUACACUCCCUCUAGCAAAUGCUUUGUAGAAUUUGCUUUCUGAAACGAUAUCCUCAAAUGAAACCUGUGGUGAAUCCAAAACUCAUCUCACAGACGAGUACAUUUUGUAAUUAUUAGGAUGAUAGAAGUGUCUUAAAUGUCUUUAAAACAUGUCCUCCCAUUUCUGUUAUUGACUGGUAUGAUUAUUGGUAUUUGAUAUUGUAUUUUAAACCUUUUGAUGGAUUAAAUUUAAAUUGUAUAAUUACGUUUUUCUCCCGUCCCCCUUUCCAUUGGGAUGUUUAUGAAGUAAUUCAAUUACUUUGAAAAUGUUAGUUUAUGCAUUCUUGGCAUAUAUCAGAUUUAUUUUUAUUUUCUUGGUUUCCUCAAGUAACUGUGCAGAUUUUGAAAUGUUUGGGAUCAGUCGGUUUCUUUUAAAAUCUAUUGUUAUUUAGUCUUUGAAUUAAAACCUAUUUAGAGAAUUGAAACAAACAUUUUGCUGUCUUUGUCUUUCUGAAGGCAGUGUGCAAAUAAACUUUUAAUGCUGACUGGCUUUUAAUGAAAUUUAUCAAAUAUAUGUAAUGGACUUCUCACAUCUGAAACACGUAUUAGUAGUGUCACCUGACUUGGAAACAGUGAAAGCCCAGGAUUUUAUAAACAUAAAUGAACACAGCUGCUGCUUCAUACCCAGUUAUUUAAUCUGUUAUGAUAUAUGGUGUGAUGGAGUUGCAGUAAUGUGAGCCAGAUAAUGUUUCAGUGACUGUCAGAGCGGCCUACUUGUUGAUUGAGUUAUUGGUUUUAUUAUUAAGGAUUGUUUCAGUGUCAACAGUAAAGCCCAAGCUGUAUUUUAUAUUGCUUUGGAGACUUCGAUCUGUGGUCCAUCAAUGUCUGUGCGUUUGAAAUGAAGCAUCUCUGAUGCCCCAUGAAACUACUUAAGCUGAUUUACACCAGCUUGUUAUGCAGCAUAAACACUUUAUAUGCAUCAGUGUUAUUCUAAAACAGUGGUUCUCAAACUGUGGGACAGGACUCCCUGGGGGGCAUAGAACUGCUGCAGGUGGGACGUGGAUGACCAGGGGAUAAAAUAUGGAGUGAAACAAAUGUGAAUGAAUGUGAUUUAUGUAGGGAAAAUAAAGGUUUGUUGAUGCUAUCAUCAGUAUCUUCAAAUUCAACAUGGAUCCCUUUCUAUUAGCUGCUUACCCAAUUAUUGGUAAUGAUUAAUUUAAAGAAUUUUAAUUGUGGGAUGGGUGACUUUUGGCUUCUGAGGGCAGGCAUGGCAGAAAAAGUUUGAGAAGCACUGUUCUAAAAAAAGGAAAGUCUCCAUUUCAACCUCCCCAACAAUUAUUAUUAUAAUUAUCAUAGUGUGUUGUGUGUAACAGCUGUAAGAAUAUGUUCUCAGUUGUUUUUUAAAUAUAUGCAUUUAAUAUUCUUUAAUUGUAAUGACAACCCACAGUCAUCAGUUUUUCUGUAAAUGUGCCUGUGAUAACAGCUAUCUAAUUUUCACAAUUUUGGAGUCAAAGUUUUUGAUUUAAUAUAGAAAUAUUACUUAUUUUGUAAACAUAUUUGUAUCGGAUACAAAGGUUCUUCAUC